GUUAAUUGACUUGUUAAUAGUGUGCCAGAAAUACAUGUUUCUGGUCAAUUACACGUAAAGAGCAAAAAUGAUAUAGAUAAAUCUAAGGAAGUAAGUAGGAUUUUAUGGAAACGAGUACAGAGGUGGAGGGGGACCAUUAAAAAACAAAACAAAAAAAAACAACAAAUGGCGCAUUAGGCUGGAAGGUGGGCUUGACGAUACGCGCGCGCUUGUGAAAGCAGAGCUGCGUGCCUGUUUCCCUGCAUUCCUAUGAAGUGACAAUUCAAAGGCUCUCAGUGUGCAGACUUUGCUCACAGUGCAGGCUGUGUGCUCUACCAAUCUGUGCUUUCUGGUCAUUUCAGCGAGGCUGAUAUCUCUUCGCUCUCAUUCUGAACAAGCCAUGAGCAACUUUUUAAGACGCGCGAGCUGUCCUCAACGUUAACACGUCCGUGUUUGAGGCCAUCAGAUCUUGAGAGUAGAGGUUGGAGAAGACAAGGCUGAGCAUUGCGCAACCUGGGAGUGCCGCUCCUUAUUUUGGAACUGAAUUCUUCUUUUGCUUCCAACAAAAGUGACUCUUUUGGAACCGAUAUAGUUUUAUUUUUUUAAAAAUCCUGAACUGUGAUUGAGUGCUUUUGUGAUAUGAGGGUUUGUGUGGAGGAACAGGUUGGAAUUGGACUUCCUAGCAUCUCUGUAUCUUCGGAGAAGGCUGCUGUGAUUCUGGGAGUCGGAAUGGAGGCAAGAGCGGCUUCUUCUUUGACAAAAUUCAGAAAUCAGAUGUUAUCGUUUGGUUAUGAGGCACAUGAGAGAAGAAACUCAGACCCACUGAUGUUUUGUUCAUGUUCACAUAGUCUACAUCCAGCAGAGGAUUGCUGUGACUCUAAAUCAUCUGAACAGAUACGUAUGGACUGUGGUACAAGAAGCCCUUUGGACAGCAGAUCCAAGAGCUUGGACAGUCUGGACUAUUUACACAAAGACUGCUGUUGCAGCACAGUGUCAUGCCGCCGGGUGGAGGGAUUGUGUUGCAGCCAGCCGUGCAGCACAUGUGGGCCAGUGGAAACAGACGGUUGCUGCCAAGAGGCCGCCGUACAUAGUGGAGGCUGGGAAUCAGGGUUUCCGAGGAGAACAGAGGGGUUUUCUUCUGCUGCGACGCGGCUUGCUGGAGAGUCGCCAAGCCUAGAUGAGGAAAGGCUCGGCACCAGGAGAAUCAGCUUAGCGACGCUGUUCUUGUCGCGCUUCCACUGCACGUGUGCCUAUGGUGCAAGGCUGGAAGCAGGAACGCAGGGCCAGGUGAAUUUUAAUUCUGCUCAUUGCCACAACGGAGUCUUCUCGAGCCUGGAGAGGCUCAACAAGAGAUCCAAAGUCAGGUGCUCGAGGAUGCCCUGCCAGGCUUCCACAACCUCAAAGCCUUCCUUGGCUCACCAACACAGCGAUGGCGAGGCUACAGCUUCUGAUAGUGAGUUCACUCACAAGAAGGAGCGGUCCACUGUCCUGGUCCGGAGGUACCUCAAGAACAACCAGAAGGUCUUGAAGAAGGUGUGCACUGGCACCAGAGCGAUUGUGAGGACUGGUCAUAUAUCAGACCGAGCAUGGCAGGCUGCUUAUGGAAGAAGAUGUCGUCUGAGCAAGGCCUAUACCUUUGUAGACACGGAAUACAGCAGAGUGCUCCAUGCCAUCCAGCUCCAGGUCUCCAGAGCUCUUCUCUCCUAUUCAGGGGUCAGACUGGAGCAGCUCCAGUAUGCUUUUCCUGCUCUGAAUGCUGAGGUUCACCUCCUGCACCCCUCCAGGAAGCUGCUGGCUCGGGCGGUAGCAUGGCUACCAACCUGUGUGCAGCACACUGAACACCGCGUCUGCUCCUGUCGGACUAGAUUAGCAGCCCACCUGAGCGGAGCCCUGAUGGAGGCCACGGCUGCCAUCACCACCAGCACACCCAUGUUCAAAGAACGGCAGCUGUGUGGCUCCACGGCCAGCUCCGGCUCACUCUCGUCUGGCGUGAUGGGGAUCAGUAAGGAGCUGGCUGACCUGCGGCAGCUCAUCCAGUUCCCGGAAGAGAUUGCCAGCAUCCUGACGGAGCAGGAGCAGCAGCUGUACCGUCGUGUGCUCCCACUCGACUACCUGUGCUUCCUCACACGUGACCUGGCCAGCCCCGAUUGCCACAAGAGCCACCCACAUCUCAAGGCCUCACUAUCAGCGCCUGUCAUGCCUACCCAGAGUUCCCAGCACAAUGUGGUAGAGGACCUAGUCGCUCGCUUCAAUGAGGUCAGUUCGUGGGUGACCUGGCUUAUCCUGACUGCUGGCUCGAUGGAGGAGAAGAGAGAAGUCUUUUCAUACCUUGUUCAUAUAGCCAAAUGCUGCUGGAAUAUGGGCAACUACAAUGCAGUGAUGGAGUUCUUGGCAGGUCUUAGAUCUCGCAAAGUGUUGAAGAUGUGGCAGUUCAUGGACCAAGCAGACAUCGAGACCAUGCGAGGCCUGAAGGACGCCAUGGCCCAGCACGAGUCCUCGUCAGAAUACAAGAAGGUGGUGAAUCGCGCCCUGAACAUCCCCGGUUGUAAAGUAGUGCCCUUUUGUGGAGUGUUCCUCAAGGAGCUUAGCGAGGCUCUCGACGGAGCGGCGAGCUUGAUUGGGCUGCGUCCUGCUUUCGAUUCUCAAGAGGACUCGAUCGAGUUUGUGUCGGAUUACAAUGGGCAGCAGCACUUCCUGCAGAGAGCGGGAGCUGAUGGGCUGCACAACUCGGAGAAGGAGGCCACCGUCAGCAACAUCCUGCAAACCAUCCGCAGCUGCAAUCGCAGCCUGGAGGCCGACGAGCCAGAGGACGCCUUCAGAGACAGGAGCAAGAACCAGAGAGCGUCUGAUUCAGGCCGUGUCCUAUUUCUAGUCGGGGACCUUUCUGAUUCUGAAGGAGAUUUGACCGAGCAGCCACGAGAGUCGGACUUGCAGAGCCCGGAGGAACCUGAAGGCGCUUUCAGUCAUGGCACAGAAGUGGUCCCCUGGUACAUCCUCUCACUAUCUGCUGAUAUGCAUCGCUUCCUGCUGCAGGGUGCCACCGUCAUUCACUACGAGCAGGAGAGCCAUCUCACAGCCCGCUGCCUGCUGCGCCUGCAGCCUGACAACUGCACCCUGACAUGGAUCAAACCCCCGAGCAGCCGGAGCAGGGGCGUCGUACCCGAUUCUCUACUCCAGGGUCAGGUGGCUGUGUGUGGACUCGCCGAAGGAAUCCUCGACUUGAGCGCCGUCAAGGCCGUGUUCAUGGGCCAUCCGGGGGUCGAUAUCAAUGUAGUCCGUCUUCAGCACAAGCUGUGUGGUCUGAGUGCUGAGGAGAACGGAGUCACGCUGCUCUACGGGCUACACACCACCGACAACAGGCUGCUGCACUUUGUGGCGCCAUGGCACACCGCAUCCGUGCUGUACGAGGGCCUGCGGGAGCUGAUUAGUGGCAUCAGGAAGAUGAAGAGGUUCCCAGACCAGAGGUUGCAGUGGCUACGUAGGCAGUAUGUCAGCCUCUAUCAGGAGGAUGGUAGAUUUGAAGGACCGACGCUGGCUCAGGCCAUUGAGCUGUUCGGGGGUCGACGCUGGAACAUGGGUUCAGGCAGUAGAAGCACGGAGAAGACCACCACUCAGAAGAACAGCCCACUGGGCAUCAGCUCCAAUGUCAAGAAGAAGAAGAAAGCGCUCGUGAGGGGGGACAGCGGGGACGGAACCGAUGACGAGAUGGUCUCACGCAAGACAAAAAGCUGCAAGGAAGGUCUGAGCAGGAGGUCUUCAGAUCCGGUAGACAGCGUGGAGCAGGAGGAGAAUGACGACUCCAGCUCUUUUGGAACCCCUGGAUCUUCCUUCUCAUCUAGCACCAAAACCCAGUCCCCUGGAAGCUCCUCCUUCUCCUCCCCCUUUUGCUCAUCUUCUAUAAACAGCUCCACCCCCAUCCGGCCACAUUCCUCCCCCGUGCUCCCCUGCACCUCCAAAGGCCAACCCGGGGCAUGGAGCAGCAGAAGUUGGCACGGGCGGGGAAAAGGCUGCUUCCGUGGUUUCCAGAACCUCAUGAUCUCGGAUAGCAUCAUGAGCUUCGUCGAGUUUGUGGAGCUCUUCAAGUCGUUCAGUAUCCGGAGUCGGAAGGAUAUAAAGGAACUGUUUGACACGUAUGCUGUGCCCUGCACCCGCUCAGGCCCUGAUUCGGUGCCUCUGUACACCACGCUGAGAAUCGACGACAAAAUAACAGGGCUUCAGCCCGACCUAGACCUGCUGACCCGCAACGGCUCCGACCUCGGCCUGUUCAUCCGCACCCGCCAGCAGAUGUCCGAAAACCAGAAGCAGAUUUCCGACGCCAUCGCCGCUGCUAGCAUCGUGAGCAACGGUACAGGCGUCGAACACUCUUCCCUGGGUGUGCUGGGCCUCGCCAUCCCACAGCUCAAUGACUUCCUGGUCAACUGCCAGCGCGAGCACCUGACCUACGACGAGAUCCUGACCAUCAUCCAGAAAUUCGAGCCUUCCUCGAGCAUGCGCCAGAUGGGCUGGAUGUCCUUUGAGGGCUUUGCCAGGUUCCUCAUGGACAAGGACAACUUUGCCUCCAAAAACGAAGAGUCUCAAGUGAACUCGGACGAGCUGCAGUACCCGCUUUCAUACUACUACAUCGAAUCAUCCCACAACACGUACCUCACCGGCCACCAGCUGAAAGGAGAGUCCUCGGUGGAGCUGUACAGUCAGGUGCUGUUGCAGGGAUGCAGGAGUGUCGAGCUAGACUGCUGGGAUGGCGAUGAUGGCAUGCCGGUUAUUUACCAUGGGCACACGCUAACCACUAAAAUCCCCUUCAAGGACGUGGUGGAAGCCAUCAAUCGCUCUGCUUUCGUGAACUCCGAGAUGCCCGUGAUCCUCUCCAUCGAGAACCACUGCUCUCUGCCUCAGCAGCGCAAAAUGGCCGACAUCUUCAAGGUGGUGUUCGGAGACAAGCUGGUAACCAAGUUUCUCUUUGAGAGUGAUUUCUCUGAUGACCCACUGCUCCCCUCACCUUGGCAGCUAAGGGGCAAGAUCUUACUCAAGAACAAGAAGCUAAAGGCACAUCAGGCCCCUGUGGACAUCCUAAAACAAAAGGCACUUCAGCUAGCACACAUGCAAGCGCAAGCCAAUAACUGCACCGUCGCCGCUGGUUCUCUUGGCAACAACGAAGAGGAAGAAGAGGAGGAAGACGAGUACGACUACGACUAUGAGUCACUGUCUGAUGCUGAUGUCCUCAAUGCUUCCACUGCCUCUUAUAGCCAGGAAGAUAACAUCCUGGAUGACAAGCCGGAGGGGAAGUCGUCGACCGAGAAGCUUCAGUACGAGUCCAACGACGAGAUGCCAAAGAGGAUUAAGAAAGCAGGGAGUAAAGGAAAGAUGUUUGACAUGGAGCUGGGGGAGGAGUUCUACCUGCCGCAGAACGAGAAAGAAAGUAGGCAGAUCGCACAGGAGCUCUCGGACCUCGUCAUCUACUGCCAAGCAAUCAAGUUCCCGGGCCUAUCCACCCACUCCCCAUCAUGCUCUAACAGAGGAAAGGAGCGCAAAAGCCGAAAAUCCAUCUUUGGCAACGCCCCAGUCCGUGGGAGCCCUGGCGAACCGGUGACGCUGGUGCGCGGCUCAGGGAAAGCCAGUAUGGAUGGCGCAAGGUCAAGCUGGGAGGAGCAGACGAUGCCAACGACAGGCACAACGCCCUCAUUGAGCGCCAUCAUCCGCACACCCAAGUGCUACCACAUCUCAUCGGUGAAUGAGAACGCUGCCAAGCGCCUGUGUCGUCGUUACUCCGCCAAACUGAUUGGGCACACAGAGCGCCAGCUGUUACGCACCUACCCUGCUGCCACACGUAUCGACUCUGCCAACCCCAACCCCCUCUGCUUCUGGCUGCAUGGCAUCCAACUCGUCGCCCUCAACUACCAGACCGACGAUCUGCCCAUGCAGCUGAACACUGCGCUGUUCGAGGUGAACGGUCACUGCGGCUUUGUCCUGAAGCCACCCGUGUUAUGGGAUCGCACCUGCUAUCUGUACCAUCAGUUCAGCCCACUGGAGCGAGACCUGGAGCACAUGAGCCCUACUGUCUACUCGCUUACUGUGGUAUCUGGGCAGAACGUGUGCCCGGGGAACAGCAAUGGCAGCCCGUGUGUGGAGGUGGAGGUGCUUAGCUUGCCGGCUGACGCUUGCCACUUCCGCACUAAGCCCAUCCACCGCAACACACUCAACCCCAUGUGGAGCGAGAGCUUCACCUUCCAGGUGCACUUCGAAGACCUGACAUUCCUACGUCUGGCUGUCGUGGAGAACAACAGCUCACAGGUCACGGCGCAGAGGAUCCUACCGCUGAAGGCGCUCAAACCCGGCUACCGACACCUGCAGCUGAGGAAUCAGCACAACGAGGCGUUGGAGGUCUCCACCCUCUUCCUGUUCAGCCGCAAGACAGAGGAGAGUCCUGAUGGAGGAGCACGACCGGCCGUGGUGUUGUUUAGCUCGGAGGAGAGGCGAGUGGCGCAGCAGCACAAAGUGACGGUGCACGGCGCUCCAGGACCCGAACCUUUUACUGUGCUCAGCAUGAAAGAACACACCACAGCAAAGCAGCUACUUAACGUGCUGGUUCCAGAUGCCUCCGCUGACUACUUCCUGAUGGAAGAGAAGAUACCACUGUCAAAGGAAAAGUGCGACGCAAAGAAAGUUCCUCAACAGCGCCCUCUAGCGUCCGACGAGAGGGUUCUCAAAGUGCUGCACAGCUGGCAGCCUGAGGAGGGCUACGUGGGCCGCCUAUGCCUUAAAGCCAAGGAGGAGAAUUUGAAUGAGAAAAACGACAAGAUGGAACGAGCGGAGGAAGCGAGCAGCGGAGGAGACGAGGACGUGUUCUUUGUCCAGGUUCACGAUGUUUCGCCCGAGCAGCCUCGCACGGUCAUUAAAGCACCACGCUACAGCACUGCACAGGACAUCAUUCAGCAGGCACUGAGCAAAGCCAAGUACUCAGUCAGCAUCCUGAGCAACCCCAACCCCAGCGAUUACGUGCUGAUGGAGGAGGUGGGCCGUGAAGCACCCGGGAAGAAGGUGUCUUCAGCAAAACCCGCUCAGCGUGUGCUGCCUGAUCACGAGUGUGUGUUCCAGGCCCAGAGCAAGUGGAAGGGCCCCGGCAAGUUCAUCCUCAAACUCAAGGAGCAGAUUGGGCGUGAGGAUAAGAGGAAGUGCGUGUCGUUUGCCAGUGAGCUUUGGAAGCUGACAGGCCGCAGUCGCAGCGUGACGAUGAACGGGCCCGGCUCGAGCGAGGCAGCACACAGUAAGGAGGAGCGCGGAGCUCCGCCUCCCCCUGACACCUUGGACUGAGCUCACGCCUGCCGAUGUGUGUGUGUUUGCGUGUGCAGUGCAUGGAGUCCUGGCCAGGCUCUGCUUUGGCGUUGGGACUGAAGGCCUGGGUGGCAGAGGCAUGUCUGGGUUUUGCCCCUCUCCCUCCUCCGCCCCCUUCCGCCUGGUCCUACCCCCUGCUGUGGAACUGGAAGCUGCACAAAUGAGUGUCGAGCCGCAGCGCUCUGACCUUUAGGCAACACGAUGGCCUCUCACACACUGAGUGAAGAGCAUCAUGGGACAGGUACCCUGUAAGCGGCUAGCUCCGGUCUGUGGAGCGUCACUGAGUGUAAGACACGGAACGGAGCCCACAGUGACUGAGCAGAACAUGGAGAGCGUGAGACGCAGCCAGCAGCAGGGUCAACACUGGUUCCUCACGUCCUUCAGGUCACUUCCGUCUCCAUCGUCGCUUUUUUUUUUCUUUCCUCGGUUGCUUUAGCGAGCAAGUGGCCACCGGAGUAGCUCACUCCUCUAUCGUGGAAGUUCUAUCUUUUGCAGUACUUGUCUUCGAGCGAACGCAUAUUAACGUACUGCAUGCUGUUAUUUUGCACAUUUUUAAAAAUUAGUUUCGGUCACAGCAUAUUCUUAUUUUAUUAAAAAAAAAAAAAAGUAUUUUGUACAAUAUUUAUUGAACUUUUUUGAAACUGACCCCCUGUAGUUGAAUAGGAAGAAAAGUAGCACACACUAGCGUAACACUACCACCACGUAUAAUCCGUUUAAAAGGAAGGCUAAUUUAUUUAUUGUUUAAGUUGGUGUAAGAAGUAACGCGCCCUCGUUUGGAAGGUACAAUGUUCCUCUGUCUGUUUAUUGCAAAGACCAACACACAGGCACUACAGCUUUCGACUUCAGUCUCUGUAUGUAGUGCAAUUUGUUUUUAUUUUUGCUGGUUUGUUUAUUUGUGUCAACGACCACGUAAGAAAUCUUAAACGUGAUGCUUAAUUUUACAGCACUAGUAAAGUACAUCUGUUUUACUGUUUUGAGACUCUAAAUGUAUUUGCUUGUGGGAUCGGGGGGGGGGUGGAAAGACGACUUCCUGAAGGGUUUCCUCCCCGUGUUAUUUCUUGAUGAUGUUUGUAAAACAUUUUGCAUGUUGCACAAGUGUGUCUUUUGCACUCAAGUCCUCGUUUGUAAGUGUAUUUUCCACACAGUUUAAUUCAUUGACUUUGAAAUGUCCGUGACUACCUCUGGAGCCUCGACGUGUAACAUUCUUCUCUUCUCUAGUCUAUCCAUGUCUUUAACCUGACUGCUUAUUAAAUGUUAAAGUGGGCCUGCCCUGCAUGAAGGUUGGAAACGUUUGCCUCUUGUCAGCCCCCCCCGUCUUGUCUUUAUUUAUUUAAAAGCAUAGCCCGGGUCGGCCGUGUAUUUCUUCUCUUGUACAUACCACGGAUAUACGAUAGAACUAUUGAAGCCACGUUGUACCUAAUUUAUUCUGGAGGGUGUAAAUCUUGCCCAACUAGCUCGUACUGUAUGUGUAUAUUGUUUAUACUUUUUGUAAUUAAGAAUUUAAAGUAUUCAGUGAUGCUUUGGUAUUUGGAGACACUACUAUAUAUAUAUUACACACACAUCUACAUACACGUGUACUUUCUUUGUUUUUCUUCUCGAGUGUGUCAUGCAGCUUUGUUAGCACUGACUUUCAAUUCAGCAGUGAUCAAGUUGAUUUAUUGUGAUCAGUUAAAGUAAUGCCUGUGUAACAGAUUUUAUUGUUCAGCACUUCUUUCUUUCUUUCUUCCUUCCUUCCUUUGUGUUAAUCUUGAGACUGUCUGACUGUUGUGGAGGAAAUAACAGUUGUUGUACAAUAAAAACUAAAUCUUGUAGAAAA